CUCAGUCAUAGUACACGCUAAAUAAUGACGUCACUGACUUGAUGACGUUUAAACGUGUACCUAACUUUUUUAUUUGCGUACACGUUAGCGUGUACCUAGACACAGCGUUUUUGUAAUCCAGUAUAACCACAGAACAAAUUACAAUUAUAUUCGAUGUAACAACAGCAUAAAACGAAAACGAAGAAGUAAAUCUAAUGACAACCCAGCAACUAAUGACGUAAAACUGACACUGACAACUAAUGCAUAAAAAUGUAAAAAACUCAAAAGGCUGCUGGUAAGCUAGGUACAAAGGUUAAAGUGCAAUUGUAUUUUGUUUUAUAAUCUAUUUUGAUUCUACAUUCUACUUCAAAUUUAGUAUUAAUUCGAAUCCUGGUGUACGUUUAGAUCAUCAGUAAAGAUUAUUAAAUAUUUUCAUUUAUUUAAAAUGGCAUGUCUUCAGAAGGUUUCCAAGGAGUUUUUAAAAAAAGGAGUUCGAUUAAGCCCAAGUUUAGCUAAAUACAGUUCUUCUGCACCUGGGGGCUACAAUUUUACUCUUAAUGACACUCAACGGGAAUUCCAGGAAUUAGCUAGGAAAUUCACCAGAGAAGAAAUUAUCCCAGUAGCAGCUGAACAUGAUAGGACAGGAAAAUAUCCUUUGGACAUCCUUAAAAAGGCUUGGGCCUUGGGGCUCACCAAUAAUCAUAUUCCUGAAAAAUAUGGUGGUAUGGAAAUGGGAGUAUUCGAUGGAUGUGUCAUAGCUGAAGAAAUCGCCUAUGGAUGUACUGGAAUCAAAACUGCUUUAGAAGGCAGCGGUCUGGGACAAACACCCGUUUUGUUAACUGGUAACGACGAACAAAAGAAAAAAUAUCUAGGAAGAUUAAUAGAAGAGCCUUUAGUGGCUGCAUAUGCCGUUACUGAACCAUCAGCUGGUUCUGAUGUGAAUGGAAUUAAAACACGCGCUGAGAAGAAAGGAGACGAAUGGAUACUUAAUGGACAAAAGAUGUGGAUUACCAAUGGUGGAGUUGCUAACUGGUACUUUGUAUUAGCUCGUACAAAUCCUGACCCGAAGGCACCAGCAAGUAAAGCUUUUACUGGAUUCAUUGUAGAAAGAGAAUGGGCAGGUGUAACACCUGGAAGGAAGGAAAUAAAUAUGGGACAGAGAGCUUCAGACACAAGAGGAAUCACAUUUGAGGAUGUUCGCAUACCCAAAGAAAACGUUUUAAUUGGUGAAGGAGCUGGAUUUAAGAUUGCUAUGGGCACUUUUGACAUGACAAGGCCACCUGUUGCUGCCGGAGCCGUGGGGCUGGCCCAACGUGCGCUUGACGAAGCGACCAAAUACGCCAUGGAAAGAAAAGCUUUCGGUGUCCCUAUUGCUCACCACCAAGGUGUAGCCUUCAUGUUAGCUGACAUGGCCAUCGGGGUGGAAACAGCUCGUCUGGCUUGGAUGAAAUCUGCCUGGGAAGUAGACCAAGGAGUCAGAAAUACUCUAGCAGCUUCGGUAGCUAAAUGUUACGCUGCUGAUAUAGCGAAUAAGUGUGCAACCGACGCAGUCCAGAUUUUUGGUGGAAACGGAUUCAACAGCGAAUAUCCUGUAGAAAAAUUGAUGAGAGAUGCGAAGAUUUAUCAAAUAUACGAAGGAACAGCUCAGAUUCAAAGGUUGAUCAUUUCUAGGGCAAUUUUCGAAAAUGCAAAACAAAAGGCAUAAGAACUUUUUUAUAACUAUAAUUUAAGAUUAAAUUUUAACAACAUCAUCUUCCCCGAUUACCCGUAUAAAAAAAUAGUCAAUUUUUCUUUUAUAUAAUGGCCACUAAAGAUUGUAUUGUUGUUUAUUUAUUUCUUUCAAUUACUGUUUUAAUUUCAAUUAAAUAAUUAAGCAUCACAGGCCGAAAAAAGUACAAAACUUUUUCAUCUACUACAAUAAUGGAAAAAAGAUUUGGAAGAUAGUACCUAUAUAUUUGUGGAAAUUAUUUUUAUAUCCAAUUUACAAUUUUUGUGACCAACCAAAUCGUUAAAUGUAAUUUUGAAAGCAAUACACGUUUUUAUAUUUAUAAGAAACGUUA